CCCCGCUCGUCCUGCAUUUCCUGUAUCUCUCUUCUUCCAUAUCCGUCUCGGUAACCUUAUUCGAUGGAGGCGCUAUGAAAGCAUAAAUACACGCUUGUUAAACAUUCUCUUUCGACUCUCGACCAAUGGCGUUCCUGCGCAAGGCAGCCUAGGAUCGACGCGUCGCGAUAGUCGUAACAAUUUCGGAAAGUUCGUGCCUCGUUUUCACGCCAUUAUGGAUUCGUUAGCGAAUUACGCUAGUGACGGAGACAAUAGUAACAAUUCGGAAGAUCCAAAGAUACCAUAUGGGAUGCAUGGUGAUACCAAUAAAAGGGCCAGUGACGCUAACUACGAUCCAGUACAAAUGGACAUGAGUGAGGAAAGCAACAACAACAAUUCGUCCAGGGAAUCUAGUAGUGAAAGGGCACAUAGUCCAGCUGCACAAUCAAAAACAGACUCAUCCCGAACAUUACCUUCCCCCUCAGACCAGAGGCGAUCUGAUCAUGAGAAUCACACAGCAAAUUCGAAAGACGAGCACAAACGAGGAGAUAAAUCUGACCGUAAUAGACAUAUGAGCGAUAAGGGGCGUCGGCCGUCGUACGAUGAUAGAAGACAACGAGAAAGCAGCCACAGGGACAGAGACAUAAAGAAAAGUCGGGACGAUGAUAGAAAAUCUCGUGACGAUGAUAAAAAGAAGGAAAAGAGUUCUUUGGGAUCGAGUAGGGACGAGAAGAGUGACGACAGGGAAAAGAGUGAUAAAGAUCAUCACUAUCGCGAUGAUCGAAGAGAUCGAAACCGGGAUAGAAGCGACAGAGAUAGACGCAGGGACAGGGACAGAGAUCGAGAUCGAGAUCGCCGGCAUUCUAGAGACGACAGAUCGAAAGAUCGGUAUCGGGACGAUCGAUUCGGGAAUUAUCAUAAGGAAAAAGAUCGCACGAGAUCGAGAUCUAGAUCGAGAGACCGGGCUCCGCCGCCCUUUAGGACGAUGAGCUAUAGGGAAGAAAAAGGCAGAAACAAAUUAGCUCAAUUAGAGAAAUUAGGAAUUGAACUUAAAGCACCGGAAGGUGAUACUGCUACGCCCGGUGUUCAAAACGAACAGAAUUAUUAUAAUCCUUUAGCCACGGCAACGCAAGGAAAGUACGCGGAACAGAUACAGAAGAGGAAACUGUUAUGGGCAAAUAAGUCAAAACAAGAUGAAGGAAAAACAUCUACAGCAGCUUCUACUGCAAACACCUGGGUGGGAACAACGUUCACUCAUGACCAAGAUGGGAAAGUAACGGCAAAGUUUAAACGAUUGAUGGGCAUUAAAGAUGAUUUGCCGACUACUCCGGCAGCGGGUACUAAACCAGAUAUACUGAAAAAGCAGGAAGAAAUGUUUAAUAAUAUGGAACAACAGUAUGAGGUAGCACGUGCUACAACACACACUCAGCGUGGUGUUGGACUUGGCUAUGCAACCGGUGGUUAUCAAUUCCCCCGAUAGAAUGGAGAACCGUUUUUAAACUGAGUAUAGGAUUGAUAACACUCAGCACAGGUGCAACCGAGUUUUUUGCCUGUUGAUUUUGACAAUCUCAUCAGGUUAAUUAUGAAACAGUUUUUAUUUCGAAGUCGUUUUAAAUAGAAAAUAUAGAAAAUAAUUGCAAAGCUUAUAAGAUAAAACAUCCGAGCAAUCUUGUUGUAGUUGUGUAAUUAUAUUGUAAACAUUGAAGAAAGAAAAAUAAAUUUGUUAAGGAUGUGGAUGAGAAAAGUACUCUGUACUUGAUGACGAUGAUGAUUAUUUUUUAUUUUUUGUUCAUGAAAAAAAAGUGGGAAAGACUGCAGUCCUGUUAUGCUACGAAUGCGCUUGCAACACCAAUUUAUAUAAUUUCCCAUUGUAUGCUGUAUGUACAAAUACAUGAGAGGUAUAUUGACA